GGGCUAUCCCUGGAGACGUCAUGGUACAGGUAGAGAUCAAGAAGUUUAUUUACCGCGGACAACCGCACCAAGACUCGGCGGAUUUCAUCACACAUUGUUGUUGGUCGGAACAUCUGCUCGGCACCGGUAGCUGGUCUUCCCUACCUACCAUUCUGAAUGCAAAACGCAGCCUAAUGUAGCACCUGUCGUUUUCUUCUCUGGCUCUUCACUUACUUCACUUUUCUUUCGUUUUGAGUUCGACGACUACUAUUAGCCGCUACUCGACUUGACAACUUGACACCGCGUCUGCACGCGAUCCUCGAGCCCAAUUCGGUCACAGCAGCCAGCCGGCACUGGCAGCACCACGCUCUCCCAGCGGUUCAGCACCAUGACCACGGAUGGAAAUUCUAAAUCUAGGCUCGAGGUUCCCGGCAGGGGACCCAAGGAUGCUGGCGGAGAUGUCUCCGAGCGCAGCAAUGUCGACGAGGAGUCGCUCAAGGGGCUGGACGUGCUGUCCCUGCACGACCUGGAUCCGGCGCUCAAUCGGAAGAUGCACCUGGUGAACAACGCUAUUGACGAGCUCGGUUGGACGCCGUACCACACCAAGCUAUUCUUCCUCAACGGCUUUGGCUACGCCGUCGACUCCCUAAUCCUCCUCCUGCAAUCCGUGAUCGCCGGCCCGGCCUUCCUCGAAUUCGGCCAAGCCGGGUACGAUAAAGCCCUGACCAUCGCCGUCUACACGGGGAUGCUCACGGGCGCGCUGUUCUGGGGCCUCGGAGCGGACAUCAUCGGCCGCCGCUACGCCUUCAACAUCUCGCUGUUCAUCUGCUCCAUCUCGGGCAUCUUGGCCGGGGCCAUGCCGAACUGGGCUUCCCUGGGCACGUUUAUCGCGCUGAUCGGCUUCGGCGGGGGCGGGAAUCUGGUCCUCGACACGACUGUCUUCCUCGAGUUCGUGCCCGGCGACAAGCAGUGGAUGGUGACGUUGAUGGCGGCGUGGUGGGGGUUUGGCCAGGCCAUCACGGGGUUCAUCGCCUGGGGGUUUCUGGUCCCUGAGAAAUGGAACUGUGCCUCGGUCGACACCUGCACGCGGGACAACAACAUGGGCUGGCGAUACGUCAUGUUUACGAGCGGCGCCCUGGUCUUCGUCAUGUCCAUCCUCCGCCUGACGGUAAUCCGCCUCCACGAAACGCCCAAAUACCUCCUCGGCACGGGCGACGACGCCAAGGUGGUCGAGACCUUCAAACUGCUCGCAGCAAAAUACAACCGCCCCUGCACCCUAACGGUCUCAAAGCUCGAGGAAUGCGGCGUAGUGACCACGGCACACAGCCACAACCGCUUCUCGCUGGCCGAGACGACCAUCCACCUCCGCGGGCUCUUCUCCACGCGCAAAAUUGCCCUCUCGACGCUGAUGAUCUGGGUCUCCUGGGCGAUGGUCGGGCUAGCCUACCCACUGUUCUACGUCUUCCUCCCCACGUACCUCGCAUCGCGCGGCGCCAGCCUGGACGUCUCAACCUUCGACUCGUGGCGCAACUACGCGCUGACCAACAUCAGCGCCAUCUUCGGCCCCGUCCUCGCCGGGUGGAUGUGCAACAUCCCCCUUCUAGGGAGGCGGUACACGAUGCUGAUCGGCGCGCUGGCAACGGCCGUGUUCUUCUUCGCCUACACCAGCGUGCGCACGGCCGCGCAGAACGUCGGGUUCUCGUGUGCUAUCGGGUUCAGUCUGAAUGUGUAUUACGGAACGCUGUACGCGUACACGCCCGAGGUGCUCCCCAGCGCGCACCGGGCGACGGGGAACGGCGUGGCCGUCGCGUGUAAUAGGAUUAUGGGCAUCCUGUCGGCGGUCACUGCGACCGUCGCGGACACGUCGACCACGGCGCCCAUCUACAUCUGCGGGGCGCUGUUGGUGGCUAUGGGCCUGGUGGCGGCUGUGUUUCCGUUUGAGCCGUAUGGGAGGAGGAGUUCGUAGUGUGGAGUUGGGGGGAUGGAGGCGGUGUGGGCGGUUUUGGAUAGAAAAAGUGUGUCAGAUUCAACUCUGUCGGCGUUGGGGCUUUCGCCAUUGUUAGAAGUCCGGACGGAUGAUACCCAGGUACCUAAGGAGGCUGUUUGUGAGAUUUCGAGUUCGAUUCUUCGAUAUGUGUUCAACUGAAGACCUAAGAUCUCUG